GGCCCCAGAUGCUCAGAUCUAGAGCGUCCUGCUGAGCCUUGGGUGGCCCCCACCAGUCUGGUAGGCACUUGCUGGCCCCUCUGCUCAUCACCACCGACCUUUGAUACCCUGCGAUGCCCACCCCCAAUACCUCUGCCCCCCUGCCUGCUUUCUGGGUCAACACCUCUGGAGGCAGUGUGCUGAGUGCUGCUGAUGCUACGAUGCCUGUUGGAUUCCUAGCCCUGAGGGUCGUGGUCGCCCUGGCCUAUGGGCUUGUAGGGGCUGUCGGCUUGCUGGGAAAUUUGGCCGUACUGUGGGUGCUGGGUAACUGUGCUCGGCGAGCCCCUUGCCCACCUUCUGACACUUUUGUCUUCAACCUGGCUCUGGCAGACCUGGGGCUGGCACUCACUCUCCCCUUCUGGGCAGCUGAGUCGGCACUGGACUUCCAUUGGCCCUUCGGAGGUGUCCUCUGCAAGAUGGUCCUGACAGCCACUGUCCUCAACAUCUACGCCAGCAUCUUCCUCAUCACGGCGCUGAGUGUUGCCCGAUACUGGUUGGUGGCUAUGGCUGCGGGACCAGGAACCCACCUCUCGCUCUUCUGGGCCCGCGUGGCCACCCUGGCCAUGUGGGUGGCGGCUGCCCUGGUGACGGUGCCCACGGCUGUCUUUGGGGUGGAGGGCGAGGUGUGCGGUGUGCGUCUGUGCCUGCUGCGCUUCCCCAGCAGGCACUGGCUGGGUGCCUACCAGCUGCAGAGGGUGGUGCUGGCCUUCCUGGUGCCACUGGGCAUCAUCACCACGAGCUACCUGCUGCUGCUGGCCUUCCUGCGGCGGCGGCGGCGGCAGCGGCAGGACUGCAGGGUCGUGGCCCGCUCUGUCCGCAUCCUUCUGGCCUCCUUCUUCCUCUGCUGGUUCCCCAACCAUGUGGUCACUCUCUGGGGUGUCCUGGUGAAGUUUGACCUAGUGCCCUGGGACAGCACUUUCUACACCAUCCACACCUACGUCUUCCCUGUCACCACCUGCCUGGCACACAGCAACAGCUGCCUCAACCCAGUGCUGUACUGUCUCCUAAGGCGGGAGCCCCGGCGGGCCCUGGCAGACACCUUCAGGGAUCUGCGAGCAAGGCUGUGGCCCCAGGGCCAGGGCUGGGUGGAACAGUUGGCCCUAAAGGAGGUGGGCAGGCAGUGGGAAGAGAGCACCCCUCGAGAGAGAGGCCCUUCUACUAUGCUGGCCAACCUGGUCAAAGGGACACCUGGGUGAAGGGUGCAAGCUAAACCUCCCUCCUCCUUCUGGGGGUCUGCCAGGUGCAUGAUCCACGCAUCCUAGGGAGAGAGAGGCUGGCCUCUCUGCCAUGCUGCAACACCCUCAGGGAGAGUCUGAUUUUGGAUCUCCAACUCUGGGUGUGGGGGACGGGGGAGGCUAGGGCCCAGGUGAAGGCUGGGUAUGACAAAGCUCAAGUC